AUGAACAUUACAAACCUGCUUUCAAAAGUCAUGGAUAAUCGAAGAUCAACUGUUAACGAGAAAGAUGGACAGGCUGUGACCAGAGAUAAAGAAACAACUGGAAAGAAAGACAAGGCAAAUGGUUUAGAAGAUCUGGGCAUGAGCGGUGGUGAUUUCUUGCGUGAAGCCUUGACCAACUGUGCAGACCCCCUACAAGCUAUUGAAGAAUUUCAGUCUGAGAAUGGCAUCCUACUUCCUUCCUUAAAACCGGCACUGCCAUUCCUUGAUUUGCAUGACAUCCGCCGACUCGAUUUCCACACUUCUGUUGUUGAAGAACUACGUGAGAAGUUGCUGGAAAAGAUUUCCCGUCUAGCCAACAGUAACGAUGAUGAACGUUUUAAGAAAUUGGAUGCCUUGCUACUCAAGUGCUACCCAGCAAUCAAGGUAAAUACAUUGCGUCCAGUUGUGAUGUGCAUCUUGAAACACCUGCCGCAGAUCAAAGAGGAACACCUGCUGCAGAUUGCAGCUAACAAGGAAUAUUAUGAUGAAGCCUCGACAGAAGUCAAACGACAAAUAUGGCAAGACAAUCAGUCUCUUUUUGGUGACGAGGUCUCGCCUCUUUUUUCCCAAUAUAUAAAAGACAAAGAGAAUAUAGUUUUUGGCCAUGAGAACGGAACUCCUGUAUUCUAUGUUCCCUCCCCCAGGAUGCGUCGACAGGGGGAGGUGGUACAGAAAUUGGUGCACAUGAUUGGUCGGAGCCUUCAGUUGUAUGAUAUGGUACUGCAGUUUUUACGAACACUCUUUCUGCGUACACGUAACAACCAUUACUGCACUCUAAGAACAGAACUGCUUAUGGCACUUCAUGACUUGGAAAUUCAUGAAAUCUGUUCAAUUGACCCGUCUCACAAAUUCACAUGGUGUGUUGAUGCCUGUAUCCGGGAGAGAUUUGUUGACACAAAAAGAGCACGAGAACUUCAAGGAUUUUUAGAUACUAUCAAGCGAAACCAGGAACAAGUGCUGGGGGACCUUGCAAUGAUUUUGUGUGAUCCUUUUGCCAUGCACACGGUGGCCUUAUCAGCUGUGAAAGCGUUGCAACACUGCAUCAACUGUGAAAUGCUACCCAGGGACAAUGCUGAUCUCCUCCUCCUUGUUAGGCUGAUGGCUCUCGGUUUAAAUGCAUGGGAUAUGAUUGACUGCCAAGUUUUUAAAGAACCGAAAUUAGGUCCUGAAUUAUUCAGCAAAUUCCUACCUUACGUUGUGAAUAUGUUGGUAGACGAUCAGUUGAGAGCAAUUUGUUCUCGUCUUCCAGACGCACCUGUUCCAACCAUUACUCAUCCACCUGACCUCUUUCUCACUGUCCUCAAACUGACCAACAUUGGCAGUGUUAUAGUCAUGUAUUACACAUUGCACGUGAGCCGCCAGAGGGAUAAAUUGGCCACUAUGGCCAUUCUACCAACCCUUGUCCAUUGUGAAGGUGACCGAGCGUUUGAUGAGACGUUUCUUCAUACUUUGGUCUCAUACCUCAUUGCAAUGGCUGAAGAUUUUGGACAGGAAGAUUUUUGCAUUGCUGUCUUUGAUGAAUUCUUUUUGCUGGGAACUAAAUCCAAACCUUGUGUCAUCCGUCACAUGCUGCGUUUGUUAUGGUACAUUCACCACAGACUACCGCCUGCAAGACUGAAAUCACUCAUGCAUACUUUUACCCCAACCCCUAACACCUGUGAAAUGACUGACACCGUCUACAAACUGCUUGAAGAGAGAAUUUCUGCCCACCAGCCAAGCCCUUCCCAGCCAGAACCUCUUGAAGCACCCCUUAUUCCAAUGCCAACUCCUGCCCAGUAA